CCGCUUCAAGAGACGCCCAAACCUUUUCGCGUGACGACGACGACGAGGAGGAGGACUUGGACUUUGUUUUUUCGUGUCUCAGCGGUUUCCCUGACGAGGUCUGGGGCGGAGUGGCAAGAGGUGGCAGAGUGGGCAUACCCACCUGCGCCUCGCUAGAGCCACCGUUAGCUCCUGUCUGAGCGCCUCCGCAGCCUGCUGAUCGUCAAGUUCAGACACCAGCAUCUGCCGCCACUCCGGUGACAACGUGCACGAGCAAACAGAUUGACCAGUCCGGUCUCACGAGUCUACACAGAUUGAACCUCGACGGACGCUGCUGUGACCGCUCUCAACAUCCACUCCCAGGUUGGGCGACGUACUCGCUGCGUGGACUCGGCGCACACAGCAAAGCACCGCUUGCGAGCCGCGCGCGCGACGACAUGGACCCGGCCGGCCACAGCCAGAUGGCAAGCAGCAGCGCAUCUACUUCGUCAGGGAGCUCGACAGCGGCAGACCAUGCCCCACACGGCAGAGCGCAGGAGAUGCCGCUGCACACCGCCAAGUCGACAGGCUCGAGCUUACACUCUGCCUCGUCACAAAAGCGCAAGGAACGCCAAGCGCAUCGAAGUGACCCACACAAGAAGGAGGGCAAGACGUAUACAUCCGUCACACCCACACAAUCUGGUGCCCCCCGAAGCAAGGUCUCCGUCAGGCCCGCCUUUGCGCUCCGCGAUAGAUUCGAUAUACCCGAUCUGCCGUCUGGCUCGAGUAGCUCCCAGCUUCAGGCCAAGCAUGACGAUCAACCUCUAGGCAAACGAUUCGUGCACGUCCAGCAUGACGGCCCGCCCUCUCGGACGACGGAGCCAAGACAGCCAUUGAAAUCAUACGAUCCCAAUGAGACUCAUAGAGGUAACGAGCCUGACGACGCCGACGCGACAGUGUCCAAACAGGGUCGUCAAGAUACACACGGUCCAGAUGAGGAUGACGAGGAGGAAGAAGCAGAGCCAGAGCAGGGAUGGUUCUCUUUCACACUGCCCACACGGAUACAGAAGCGUGCAGAGUCUUACUGGCGCAAUUCCGCCAUGACUCGCAUGCAGUCCUCGACAGGCUCCGUCUUCAGCGGCAGAGAAGGACGGCGGCGGCACGACAGUGCUGCACUGGGUAUGACCCCGACCGGUGACAUUGAAAAGUCAUCCAGUCGGCAUAGCGAUCGCUCUCAUCCACAGCGGCCGGGAGCCGGCAAGCGAUCGACGGGCUCACACUUUGCUACAAUGUGGAGCGCGCACCAGGCUACAACGCCUGGCUGGUCAAAGCCCUGGGAGCCCUUCCAACGGCACGAACAGACUCAAGAUCCCUUUGAUGCAGCGAUGAAGAGUGCGACGGAUCACGAUCCAGAUCGUGGCCCAUCGAGCAGAAACAACAACCUGAGAUGGCAAAACUUCAUCCUCUACAAUCCCUUCGCGCCCCUCAUCAUCCGUUUCGUCAACCUCAGUUUCACUUCCACCGUCCUCGCCGUCGCCGUGCGUACUCAGGUCGUCGAGAGGCACAACAAUCUCAUCGGCGUCCUCGGCUCCUCGAUCCUGGUCGGCAUCAUCAUUUGUCCCAUCACGAUCGUGCAUAUCUUUAUCAGCGUAUACCUCGAGUACUUUGGCAAGCCCAUCGGUCUGUGGCGUGUCAGGCUAAAGAUGACAUUCUCGCUCGUCGAGCUCGUCUUCAUCGCACUCUGGGCUGCCGAACUGGCGCUCUGCAUUGAUAGCUAUAUCUCGACGCCGCUCUACUGCACGUCAUAUCUACCUUAUGCUCGCUUUCAGCCGCGUGUCGGCGAUGCCGCCAUCUCGGGUACCGCUGCGGACGUGCUUUGCAAGAUGCAAGGCGCGCUCAUCGCUCUCGUCUUGAUCAGCUUGCUUCUCUACUGUGGCGUGCUCGUCAUCACGCUCUACCGUAUCGUCAACAUGGUCGCCCGCAAAAGUCGAUCAGGCGCAUUUUAGAACUUUGUUGACUAGAGACUGUCUGUCGUAUGUGAAAUUGUCGCACGUGUAUGCAUCAUCUCACAUGUCUUUGACUACGUAAGCUCUUUGCUCGGCUCGUAUUCGAAAGCGUCUUCGUCGGAUCGAUUCCAGAGUCGACACCACUCGAGGAGUAGCCGCCAAUGAAACGCGAUCAUGUCCUCUGCUCGCCAGUGAUUGAGUGCCCAUUCCUUGCCAUUUUGGCCAAUUCGCUCAGCCAGAUGAUCGUUCGCGCCUCCUUCGUCCCAGCCGCGGAAGAACAUCAUGAUGUCAAUCAAAUCCCGGUAAUCUGUUGAGACAGGAAUGUAG